AUGCCUAAGGAAGAUGUAAUUGUACGCGAGUCUAAGAAUAGGCCAUCUACAGACGUUGAUUUAAAUAUAUUAAUUAAAUUCAUAAACAAAUUUGAUGGUAACCGUGAAAAAUUAAGUGCCUUUUUAAACAAUUGUAAAAAUGCGGUAGAACUUGCUACUCAAAAUCAACAGGACAUUUUAUUAAAAUUUAUUGUAAGUCAAUUAGAAGGACGCGCAGAAACGGCUUGUUGUGUUAAAGAAUUCGAGAAUUGGCACCAGCUUGAAGAUUUCUUAAAAUCCCAAUUUGGUGAUAAAAAACACUAUGCUGCGCUGCUUUCUGAUUUACAAGAAUGUCUUCAAUUAGGCAACGAAACGGUCAACCAGUUUGCAUUACGAAUAGAGUCUUGCUUGUCAAAAUUAUUAUGCGAAAUUAAUAUAACUAUCCCUACUAAGAAAAAAGACGAACUGGCAGGCCGCGUCGCAGCUAUGAAUGACUUAGCGUUACACACGUUUGUAGUCGGCCUAAAUCCAAGAUUGUCUACUAUAGUUCGAUGCCGUGACCCUGAAUCUUUGAACGACGCCAUUAAUUUCGCUACUUCGGAGGAAAAGAUUAUUAAUGCUUUGACACGACGAAAUACUAAUUACUCGCAAACUCCAAAUACUCAGAAUCAGGCACGAUUCCGCCCAUCUCACUCAUCAUAUUCACAAAAUCGAUCAGCCUUACAACAUGGCACUAAUAAUAAUACAUCUGCCGCGUUUAGGCCCUCUAAUCCUAUAGUGUGCCGAUAUUGCAAGGCCCCAGGGCAUACUAUUGAAGGUUGUCGCAAACGAGAAUACAAUAAUAAGAAAUUUGGAAACAAUCAAAAUUCAAACUACCGCACAAACCCUACUACUUCCUUUCAAAAUCGGAACCAACCGAUUCAUGCAAUAGCUUCUUAUGAAGAUUAUGGUGUCGAUGAGACAGAUAAUCCUUUAAACGAAUAA